UACAGCUGCGACAGCAGCCGCUCGUUCGCGAUAAGGGGCGUAGAUUAACCGCGCGGCGUGCCCGCUCGUUGUACGGGCGCAUGCUUGAGUUUCGCCGCACACGGCUCGGGAAGUCAUCCGAAGAAUAGCUUUUAGUGCAUUAAUUCGUUCACUAUACCCCGCGGUGCUGUACGAAGCGAGCGUGCGACCAGUGCAACCUUGCAUGAGAGGAACUUGAUUUGUGCCCUAUUCUGGCUCGACCAGCGGCUUCGCAUUGCGCUCGCCCACCUGGCGUCCGUAGCCGUAUCCAUUUCCCACUGAGUGUUAUGUGAUGCCCCUGUGUGAGCGCGCGUUGUGUUUGUGUCGUCUACUGCCGGGGUCCCAUCCACGCAACCCAACAUGAGGAGUGCACUGCACCAGGACUGGCCACUCCUGCGUAAUCCAGUGAUCAACGCCGACUCCGCCGACCAGCGAUCUUCGCCAUUCCCCCCCGAGAAGCAGGGGUUCGCCCAUCGUUGCGCCGCAUGGCUGGUGCCGGAACGCCUACGCCAGAAACUGGGCUUCGGCGGCGACGCCACCACGGAGGCUGAAGACGCCGACGACGUAGGCGGCGACGCCGACCCGAUGUCCUCCGAGGAUGCCAAUCUACGACGCGAGGUCGAGUCUUUGGACGAGCUGGCGCUCAAGCUCGAGGACCUGGCGGCCACCCUGCGCGAGGCGCUGCUGCGUGCCAGUGCCCAGAGCCCGUCGCUCGUGAAGCAGACAACCCGGGGUGCCCAUUACUUCGUUCGCUUCCAGCUGCCCAUCGUCGCAUUCGUGCAGAUUCUGUGGGUCGGUACGCUCGCCACGUUCGACUGCCUGGUGACUGACAACACCUCUCAGGGCUACCGUUACCUGGUGCACGCCAUCAUGAUAAUCCUUCAGGCCGUCAACGUUCUGCACGUCGGUCUUGCUUCAUGGACUCUGACGCACCAGCUGAUCAAGUUCCGGGCGGUCAGCGGAUUCCUCAUGGCGCAGACCUACCUGUCCACGGUGCUACUCUUCUCGGGCUUCUACCUCGUCCUCUACAGGCUCAACCCCUCCGGCUGGGAGGUCUCCCUCACCGAUCCGAUGAACAGCGGCGGAGCCUUCACGCAGUACGUGCGCAUGCUGUACCUGUCCGUCUCGUCGGCCACGCUGUGCGGAGCGGCGAACAUUCAGCCAGUGGCGUGGUACGCGACGCUGUCUGUCUGCGUCCAGAGCCUGGUGAACUUCGUGUACUUCGCGUCCAUCCUGGCCCAGACCAUCGGCUGCAGCUCGUCGGCCGAGACCGUGUUCCAGCGCCGCGAGCGCAUACAAACCAUCUCGCGGCGCCUGAGCGCUCGCUCGUCGGCCUUCACCGCUGGACGGCGCGGCGCUGCCAGCACGCCCACUCGCAGGCGCCACUCGACCCAGCUGCCCGCGGUGGGCUUCGCCUCGCUGCCAACGUAGCCAACGACCCGCGCGCUUUGAGGAGAAGCGCACUUUACUCAAGCAGCGCCGUGGAGGAGUUGUCUGCGUGCACGGUGCAGGCGUAGGUGCCAUGAGCGCAGCGUUUCUUGUUUCUUUUUUUUUCUUUUUUUUGUUUCAAGUCGAAUCGGACAUCUGCGUUGACGUUCAGGGUAAAACACGGGUAAGGUUGAAGCGACGGAAAAAUCUUGUCUGCUCUCAGUUCCAUUCAUACACUCUAUACGCUUCGUACAUUCAAAACAGCACAAUAUUUUGGAAAAGGUGCGUAUUUCCGCAUUUUUGUAGGUGAGCGGUACUUUUUGGCGUCAAUAAUAUCAAGAGCCGCGAGGGCGCUGAUAUAUAUAAAUAUAUAUAUAUAUAUAUAUAUAUAUAUAUAUAUAUAUAUAUAUAUAUAUAUAUAUAUAUAUAUAUAUAUUGGAGGGCGGAAUCGAUGAUGUUAUGAUUCCAUGAUUAUUCCAUCUUAAUCGAUGAUUAAGGUGGAAUUCAUGAUGUUAUCGCAAUUUGCAACAAUAAUCUGCACUUUAAUUCAGCGCUAGGGGUCAUUUUAUACAUGUUGUAGCAUGACACCUGGCACCGUAAAUGCAUAAACUUUGUUCGAUUCUGUGAUACUAGCUGCGACUGAUGUAAGCUUUACGCUUCGCAUUACACUUUUUUCGCAACAUAUGCGACCCUAAAUGUUUGAAGCUAGGAUUGCCGACUACUUAUAAGAAGGUAAAAAAUGUACACCUUCAUUUCGUGAAAGCUGCAUGAAAUAAAGUUGAAAUAGUGUCAUUA